AGACGGCUACCUCAUACAGCGGCAAGUGUACACUGCACAUACGGAUUAUUGAAUAAGCAAUAAAAGGACAUUCAAUAUCCUUAAAUAUCAAAUAACUGAAACUCCUCUAAAAAGUUGAUAUCGAGUGUGUUUGUGUGUGAAAAUUUGAAAAGCAGUCGAGAAUUUGUAAAUGUGUAGUUGCGAUGAUUUGGUUUAAGAACGUUGCUUUGUUGGCAUUUUUACUGGCUAUUUCCAUCGCAUCGAUUGCAUCUGUCCAAGGUUCAGCUUCAGGCACUGCAGCGGAGCCUCAAGAUGAGGACACAAUUGAUUUGACACCAUCUGCAGAUCCCACAUCGGAAAAAAAUCAGGACAAUCGCGGUGAUGGUCAGAUUGUGGGCCAAUCCUUACUUACACCUCUCCUAGGACAGGGACUUUUGCCAGCACCACUAAACAUGUUUAGUUCAAUGUUUCCAGCGCUUAACUCUCUCUUACUCCUUGGCAAUCUAUUUCCGGGUGCUUCACUUAUGGGCCCACCAUCCUUACUGGGGUCAACUCAACAAAUGGGCCCUUCAGCAACUGAUGAAUCGCCGGCUGCUUCAAAGGUUGUGCUGGUAUUAGCUGAAGACCGCAAUCCACAUGUAGCAAUGAGAGUCGCUAAUCAGGAAGCUGCGCGAACGAUUCGUCAAAAUGAUAUGCUUAGUCAGAUGUUGAACCAGUUUGGUCAAGUGGAUUUCGGGCAAAUGCUUUCACAGUCUUUAGAACAAAUGCAACUACAAAAUCCUGGGCAACUAUUACAACAAAAUCCUGGACAACUUUUGCAGCAAAUUGUGCCACAGGAUCUUUCACAGCCGUGGAGUCAACUUUUGUCGCAAACAUUCCAGCAGAUUCCCGGCUUAGACCUAUCGCAAUUUCCACUCAUAGGACAAGCACCAACGUCCAGUGAACCUACAGUAGGUGCAGCAAUGGAGUCAGCAGGAGGCGAAGGCGCUGCUCCCGCAGCCGAUGCGCCAGCGUCUGCACCACAGCAAGCCUUCCAAUUUCCAAAUUUCCAGACAGCUAUCGAUGCUGGCACUCAAAUGUUGGGACAAGCUCUUCAACAGCCCAAUAGUGAUCCAACUGGUGCCUUCCAGCUGCCAAAUAUUCAAUCUGCUUUGGAUGCAGGCACCCAAAUGCUGGGACAAGCUUUUCAGCAAGCUAACUCCGAUUCAUCCACUAGUGGAUUUCAACUGCCUAACAUUCAAUCUGUCAUAGAUUCUGGCAAUCAAAUGUUAAGCCAGAGUGGCGGUUUGUUCAAUUUCCGCCCAUUACAAUCGUUGGACCCAGCUACAUCCGCAUCUGAUGCAGAGCCUGCAGCUUCCCAGAUUUCAGAAGUUCGUGUAAAACCCGAGGAUUUGCCUUUAAGAACUACUUUUAACCAGCAACAAGCGCAAAAGGAUGAGAAAAUGGAUGAUCUUAAAAUGAUGUCCGCUUUGCAAAAAAAAAUUCUUCAUAAAAAAUUACCUAUUUUAUGGUUUCACAUCCCGACUGAUUCAUCAGAACGGAAUCAUGACUUUGGAUCGAAAACCUACAGCCAAACCAAUACAAAAAGUUUAGAGGAAAUGCAACUAGAAACAAAAUUGCAAGCUUUUCAACGUCAAGUUGUAACUGAAUUAAAGCUUCUACAAGACAUUGAGCGCAAGGCUAAAGAAUUGCGUUCAGCUGCAAAGGGUUCCAUGGCAAAAACUUUCAAGGAUAACAAUAGUUCGAAUGAAAGUGCGCUGAGUAAAAUUCCUAUACAUAAGAUAACUCGCGGUGAUAUCGAAAAAGCUUUGAAUGAUGAUUAUGUGAAGAAGCUUUUACAUAAGACAGCUAUAACGACUCGAAAGGAAACCAGCAAUUCGCCGUUUGAACAAUUGCUUGUGCCCAGUAGUAUGAAUAUCAAACGCCAAACUAUGCAAAGCACGAUGAAACCCAGACAAAUGACCAGAGAAGAUAUUAUACGUCUUAUGGCCUAUGCAUAUCGAAUGGCAAAUGCCAAUGGAAUACGAAUGCUUGACUCAUCUGAGAAUAUGAAGACGACUCAGGAUUCUAAUGAAAAUGCACGUCAGUCUUCGGACAAUAGUUUCACUCAAACAUACCGUCAAUGGGCAAAUGAUGCGAGAACUCCAAGCCAAAUGGCUGACAUGCGUCCCACAGCUAAGCAAUGGAUGGACGAAGAAAUGCAAAUGUCUCAUAAGAAAAAAAUUGAUCAAAUUCCUACAAGGAUCCCAAUGGAAAGACAAAUGGAAGAAAAAAUCGAACGUCAAUGGGCAGAAGAGCAAACACAACCUCAAAGAUUUAGUAUGAAACAAAAUUUUGAUACGCAAGCGCCACAUAAUGCCCAACAACGUCAAUGGGUUAAUCAAAAAUCAGACAUCACAGCCUUGAUGCAACAACACCCACUUCAACAAAUGCCGAUAAUGAUGCAACAACCCCAGAUGGUGGGACAGCAAACACCGAUGGCAAUGCAGCAGUGGCACAUGGUUGAGCAGACCCAAAAAGACCAACCACAACAAAUGCAGACGAUGAUGCAACAGCCACUGAUGGUGGGACAGCAAACACCGAUGGCAAUGCAGCAGCGGCAGAUGGUUGAGCAGACGCAAAAGGACCAACCACAACAAAUGCAGACGAUGAUGCAACAGCCCCUUAUGGUGGGACAGCAAACACCGAUGACAAUGCAGCAGCUGCAGAUGGAGCACGAGAUGCAGCAACACCAACCCCAACAAAUACAGACGAUGAUGCACCAACCCCAGAUGGUCGGCCUGCAAACACCGAUGACAAUGCAACAGGGACAGAUGGUUGAGCAGACUCAAAAGGACCAACCACAACAAAUGCAGACGAUGAUGCAACAGCCCCUUAUGGUGGGACAGCAAACACCGAUGACAAUGCAGCAUCGGCAGAUGGUGGACCAGUUUCAGAAACACCAACCCCAACAAAUACAGACGAUGAUGCAACAACCCCAGAUGGUGGGACAGCAAACCCCGAUGGCAAUGCAGCAGUGGCAGAUGGUUGAGCAGACGCAAAAAGACCAACCACAACAAAUGCAGACGAUGGUGCCUGAUAUCGAAAGACAAAUGCAAGAAGAAAACAUGAUAGGGGAAGCCAUGCCCCAAAUGCCUGAGAAUGCCGAAAAAGCGCGACAUAAAGGCUGGCCAGUUGUCGAUGAAUUCGAUAUUUUCGGAGUGGGAGGCGGUAGAGAUCACAAAAAAAAGCACAAAGGUGGACCACUCAGACCGACAGUAAUCAAUUAUUAUUAUAACGCCGGAGGCCGCGGGCCAAGUUAUGGAGGUGGUACUGGAUAUGUCCGAGGUGGUGGUGCCGGAUACGGAAGCGGUAGUACAAGCUAUACCUCCAACCUUAACCCCAGUUAUGGCACAAGUUAUGGUGGCGGAGCGGGUGGAAGCUAUAGCGGCAAUAGUGCUGCAGGUAGUUAUACCUCUGGAUAUCCAGCAGCCAGCAGCGGAUUAUAUAGAACGGCUGUUGGUGAUGAAGAAAUCAGAGCAAUGCUUAAGGAACACUCGCAAAUGAAAAUGAUGCCCGAACCAGACCGGAAUCCCGUUAUUACCACAGAUAUGUCAACUACUUCCCCAUUCCAGUCCACAACAUCAUCAAUCGACGACAUUAACCAGCAAGACACAACAUCGUACACUACUUCCACCGAAACCCCUUUGAAAAAUCAAAAGAAAAAUAGAACCACAGCACCAUCAACAACUAUUGAGGUGACACCAAGCCCAGCUACGUUCAAGCUCUCAAGUAACACAAAUGAUAAUGUAGAAACAUCAUCCGCCAUGGAUCCCGAAAUUGUGGGAUCACUUUUUAGUUUUAGUCCGAAUAUUUUAAGACCAUUUAUGCAAUUGCAACCUGUGCCAUUGUACGAAAGUGACCCGUGGAAUCAUAAAUCCUACGAUCCACAUUAUCCUCUAUAUGAGGGCGGCGGUAGUUAUGAACCCUAUCUUCAGAACAAACGUAUGAAACGCAAUUCGCAUGCAUACACAAACAACAUACUCACUCCAAGUAUACUGGAUAACUACUUAAAGAUACUUGUGCUGUUUGAAAAGAGCUUCCCGCAGUUGUAUAAAAGUUUGCGAGAACAACAACAAGCUUUUAAUUUGACACGAGUAUCCGUUAAACCCCCCGUGAUACCUAAAGUAGUGACGUACCCAGCUACCGAAUUGGGUGCAGCAGAACUUUUACCAGCGGAUAUACAAAACUCCACACAAGCUAAUGAACUCAAAACUAAACGCGAUGAUCUUGAAGACUAUUUCUUAUUUGAUGACGAAGAAGAUGAAUAAUUCUAAUAAAUUGCAACAUUACCCACGUCGACGCUGUCUGCCUAAUUUGUGAAAACGUAUGUUAAAUAUUAUGAGCAAAAAUAAAAUGUUUUGAAAUAUAA